AUGGCACCCGAUGGGGUGACCAGGAUCGGAAACGAGGCGGAUGGCGUCAAUGGCGUUACUCAGUGUCCUAUCAAGCCGGGGGACUCAUAUACGUAUGAGUGGCAGGCGACGCAGUAUGGUCACAGUUGGUAUCAUAGCCAUUACUCCCUGCAGUAUCCGGAUGGCGUCUGGGAUGAGGUACUCCGCCGCCCGCUUUUGAUCCAUGGUCCGACGAGUGCGAAUUGGGAUAUCGACGUCGGCGUGAUCACGAUUUCGGAUUACUUUCACGAAAGUGCAUUCUUACUCUUCAGUGUAAGGCACGUUCCGUCGCCUUGGUAUCCACAUACCCACCUUUUCAAAUACCUGCUGCGUAUUGUAAACACCUCCACGGCCACCCAGUUCCGCCUCGCCAUCGAUAAUCACAUGCUACAGGUUGUCCAGGCUGAUUUCGUCCCCAUUGAGCCUUAUCUGACGGAGUACAUAUCCGCUGGUAUCGGUCAACGCUACACCAUCGUGGUCACUGCAAACCCCAACUCCACCGACCCCUUUCCAAUAGCCCCCUCCAACAACAACUUCUGGAUCCGCACCGUCCCGCUCAAAGGAUGCGGCCAAAUUGCUCCGGAUAUCUUUCCAACCUACGGCAUCCUGCGGUAUAACUCACGCUCCACAUCCAACCCUACCUCUAAGCCCUGGCAAGGCGGCAUCCUAUCCGAAUGUCCAGACGAGCCUGCGGAGAAUAUGCAUCCAAUAGUUCCAUGGACAGUAGGUGGCAAACCGCUGUGGCUGGAUUGGGGGAAUCCGGCGAUUAUAAACCUCGAUAAUCGCACGUGGAAUCCAGAGUAUGACGUUAUCGUGGAGGAUCAUGAUAGCUGGCAAUGGGUGUAUUUCAUCAUUCAAGGAAUAUUCCCCAGGUCAGGUCACAUUACCGUAGCACACCCAAUUCAUCUGCAUGGCCACGACUUUGCAAUCCUCGCUCAAGGUAAAGGCGAAUGGGACACCAUAGACCCCCGGCCGACGCUAAACCUCAAUAAUCCUGUCCGCCGCGAUGUCGCCCUCCUCGACGCGGAUGGUUAUCUCGGGAUCGCGUUCCGCACUGAUAACCCCGGUGUAUGGCUGAUGCACUGCCACAUCGCUUGGCACGCCUCCUCGGGGCUGGCACUGCAGCUGCUGGAGCGUCAAGGUGAGAUCAGGAAGACCAUUAGGAACCCGCAGCAGCUCGAGGAUACUUGCAUGACCUGGAGGGAUUACAGGACGAAUGUGACGAUCUUUCAGGAUGGUAGUGGGGUUUGA